CAGGCACUAGUUAUGGAUGAAGAAAUAUUUAGCCAGAAGGAUCGUGAACUGCAGACAGUGCAGAAUCAGAUAAAGACAUUACUACAGGAAAAUGAAAAACAACUGGAAUCUUUAAAGGAGGCACAAGACACACAUAGAUUACAGAACGAGAAAAUGGUGGAACAGCAAAUGCUUAUUGAUCAGCUAAAAGAAAAACUAGAGAAGUUUACCGUUGUGAAAACUUUGGACUGCUCAAGUACAUGUGGAGAUGGGCCAGCUGCUGUGGCACCUGCAAAGAGGCCUUACAGCAUCCCCCUCACAAGGAGUCUGCUACACGCCCUCCACCCACCUUCAGCGACACAGACCCGAAAGGUGUAUACCAGCCCCCCUGCCUUCUCCCUGGCCCAGGUAAUGGCAGAAUUCCGUGCUCGCAGCCAGAUGAUACUGAGCAACAUAGAAGAUCAGGAUAAAGUCCUUCACUGCCACCUUUCUGAUGAAAGCGACGAAGAGGAAGAAAAUGCAGGCAGCAAAAAGAAAACCGCCUUUAAGGAUUCCAUAAACCGAACAUGGACACGAAAACAGGCUUCUGUGUGCUUUCUUCCUGAUCUGAGUGACAUGAAGUGUCAAGCUGACAAAUCUGGUUUAUCCAACAAGUGUGCACUAGAGACUGACACAACCACAGGUGAAGAGAUUGACAGCCUCCAGAAAAGCCAUGAUUUUAACAUGCAGAAGUUAAAGAAUUCAGAGUUGAGACUCACUGAGGCCGAGCAAAAAAUGAGAGAACUUGCACUUAAUAUCAAAAUGAAAGAGGAACUUAUUAAGGAAUUAGUAAGAACAGGUAAGGGUGCUCAGUCUGUAAGGAGGCAAUAUUCUCUGAAGAUAACUAAACUGGAACAAGAAUCUGAGCAGGCCAAAAUGGAAUUGGCUGAAACACAAAAGCGGCUUCAGGAGCUGGAGAGUAAGGAGCUGAGAGACAUUCCUGAGAAAGCCAAGUUACGGAAAGAGUUACGGAAAAAGAUGGAUGCAGCUAAGUUGAAAGUGCAGGCCUUACAGAAGAAGCAGCAAGACACUAAAAGCCUGGCUUCGUUAUCUAACCAGAGCGAGAGACAAGCAACAGAACUUGAGCAGAGUGUGGCUCGGAUGAAGCACCAGCAGACCCAGCUACAGAUAAGGCUGUGUGAGGAGAGCGAAAAAAAGAAGCAAUUAGAAGCAAAGCAGGAGCAGCAACAAAUUAAGGAACUUCAAAUGAAGAUGGAGCAACAACAGAAGAUCCUUCAACUUAAGGAUAAAGAGAUUGCUGCAUUUAAAAAGAUGAAAAAUAACUCAGUGGGAACUUCACAGAAGCUACAGAAAUUAGAAGAGCAAAAGAAAUGGCUGGAUGAAGAAAUGGAAAGAAUUCUCCAACAGCACCAACAGUUAGCAGAACUAGAAGACGACUUAAGGAAAAGAGAAGCCAUUGUAGCCAAAAAAGAAGCACUGUUGCAGGAGAAGAGCCACCUGGAAAUCAAGAAACUGAGAUCCAGCCAGGCAUUAAAUAAAGACAGUAUGAAAUUGUCUACUCGCUUAAGUAUGCUGGACAAGGAACUGUGUGAUAAAGGUAUGCAGCUUCAGGGCAGCACCACUGACGAUAAGACGGACAUUUUGGAAAAAAUUCAGGUUCUUCAGACGGAGAGGGAUCAACUUCUGAGAAGAAGAAGUAGUGUGGAUGAGAAGCUGAAAGGUGGUAAAGUCUUGUCAACUGAAGAAGAACAUGUCCUUUUCCAGCUGGAAGAGGGAAUAGAAGCCCUGGAGGCUGCUAUUGAUUACAAGAAUGAAAGUAUUCAGAACCGCCAGCACUUGCUUAGGUCGUCUUCUCAGAUCCUUUCACAGAGCGAGAAUAAUGUGGUAGGAAAACUAGUUUCCCUGUCUGCUGCUGAGCUCAGAGCUAUCCUCUUCAAAUAUUUCAACAAGAUUGUUGGCCUACGUGAAUCUGAACGUAGAUUACAGCUGCGGAUUGAGGAACAGCAAAUGAAGGUCGUAGACCAGGAAAACGUAAUACGUGAAUUGGAAUCUGCGCUUGAUCACAUCAAGUUGCAGUGUGACAGGCAGCUGACCCUACAACACAAAGAACAUGAGAAAAAGCUACAGUUAAUACUGCACCAUUUCGAAGAACAAGAUAGUGAAGGUAUUGCAGAAACCUUGAAAGGAUAUGAAGUACAAGUCCAGAAACUGGAAAAAGACUUAUUUUUCUAUAAGAAAACCAGCAGAGAGCUGAAGAAGAAAUUGAAGGGCCUCUUAGGAGAGUCAUCCCAUCAAUUGUUGGCAUCCACUAAAUGUAAUAGUGCUGGUGAUAAGGCAUCCAUUCAAGAUGAAGCAGAAGUUGCAUCUGAAGAAUUCAAGUCGACGCCUAACACUGACACCAACAGUCGACCAGGGAAAACAAAAGAAACAGACAGACCAAGUAUGUUAACAGCACAGCAGGAUUCACACAGGCUUGGAGAAGACGUUUCAGAACUUGGGUGCAACAAAGAAUGUUUGUCGAGCGCCAGUGAUGACAAGACAGGAGCAGAUGAAGCUCAGCAUUCAAAAUCUCAUCCUCAGCUGCCUUCUGUCAUCCAGAGAAAAGAAGCCGUAACGCAGUUUCAAGGAGUGACUCCAGUGAAACUGUCUCGCCGAGAGCUACGCCAUAUUCCUCCCUCGGAGUUAUCUUUGAGACGCUCAAGCCUUGGAGUUGGUGUCAGCCCUAUUGCUCCAGAUUCCAUUGAAAUGGACAGAAAGUCUAGUGUCACUAAGACGUAG